UGCUGCUGUAUAUUUACAGCCCCCUGUGGUGGGGAAGCAGAUGCCCCCAGGAUCCACUCUCGAAGGAGAUCCCACACAGACACUGGGAGAUAUGGAUUCAAAGCUGCACAAUUUCCGAUUUCAGUUCCUGUUGUUGCUGUGGUUGUGCGGGCUAACUUUCUGCACUCAGACCGUGCCUCCAAAUCUAACACCAGCUCAAUGGUUUCAAAUCCAGCACAUACAUCCGUCCAGUAACAUCAGUUGCAACAGUGCAAUGCGGAUGGUUAACAGUUACACAGGACACUGCAAAGGCAAGAACACCUUUCUUCAUGUGCCAUUUCCAAAUGCUGUGAGUGUUUGUCAUACCCGAUCUAGACGCUGCUUAAGAAGCCCCAGGAAAAAUUGCCAUAAAAGCAAAGUGCUGGUCCAUUUAACUGACUGUAAUCUCACGGGAGGCUCGCAUAAUUUCAGCAACUGCAGAUAUAAACAGAAACUAAAGAAAAAAUUCUUCGUAAUUGCUUGUACUCAAAGAUCUCCCGAGGACUCUCCCGCAUACCAAAUAGUUCCAGUUCACCUGGAUGGGACGGUUUAGCUUCUAUGCCAUCUGUCAUCUGCCAAGCUCCACAAUGAUAGCUAAAAUCCUGUCCCUCCAACCACCCUGGAUGUCACCAUCUGUCCUCAUCACACCUUCCUCAACCCCUCUCAAGCUUUGCUGAGCCUACAUGGUGUUGACACAAUAAACUUUGCAGAAUCA